UUACAAAUGCUAGCAGUCCUUAAAUAUUAUAUUUAUAACCUGAUAUCCAUUGUGUGGUGGUGUGUUGAAAGUAAAGCCAAAAGCAACUUCCUCCUCCAGGUCAAAAGCCGGCAACCUAACCACUGGCAGCUACUGCAGUCUCUACUGGCAGUAUGCAGCUCUAGACAAAUUUUAUGUUGGAUUUUAAAAGACAGUGAUCUACUGGACCGACGGAAACAUUGCUUCAGUGUCCAGUCUGAAUCUGGAGAAGAUCUUUACUUCUCUGUGGAACUAGAGUCUGACCUAACACUAUGGGAAAAGGCCUUCCAAACGGCAACUUUUUUAGAAGUUGAACGCAUACAGAGCAAGACUUAUGCCUGUGUUUUGGAGAGUCAUCUGAUGGGACUUACCAUUGACUUUAGCAUGGGCUUUGUCUGUUUUGAUGCUGCCACGAAGGUCGUACUUUGGAGGUACAAGUUUUCCCAGCUCAAAGGUUCUUCAGACGAUGGAAAGAGCAAAAUCAAAUUUUUAUUCCAAAACCAAGAUACUAAACAAAUUGAAGCCAAGGAGCUGGAGUUUUCCAACCUGUUUGCAGUCCUUCACUGCAUCCACUCAUUCUUUGCAGCCAAAGUGGCUUGUUUGGACCCUUUGUAUGUAGGCAGUAAAGCCACAGCUUCUGCUGCCCCCACAACUUCUGGUACUGGCAAAUUGAAGUAUACUACUUGA